AUGGUUAUUUUAUAUCAAGGUCCAAUUUUAAGAUUAAGUGGAAAAAAAUGGGAAAAAGCUUGGAUUAUUUUAAAUUUUGAAGUUAAUUUUCUUCAUAUGUCUAUUUUUAAAGAUAAACAUGCAAAAAAAGAAAUUGAAAAACGUUUUAAUUUUACAACUAAUGGUGAAGAUGUUCGUUUUGGAUCAACAACACUUAACAUUCCUAAUGUACCAAAAAUUGAAAAUGAUAUAAGAGUUCAUCCUUAUUGUUAUAUGGCUAUUGAAACUGAAAAAUUAGUUAAAAAACGUUCAAUUAAAAAAAUUUCAUGGUUAUCAUUUUAUUCAACAAUUGAAUUGUUUAAUUUUAUAAGAAUAUGUACUUUGGCAUUAAACUAUAUCAAUACACCAGCACCAGCACCAAAAUCACAAGAUGAUUCACUUGCUUUACACAAUUACAAACCUGAGCCAUUUCGUGUUCGUAAUAAUUGGGAUCGUUUCUAUGAUAAUCCACCAUCAUUCUCAACUAAUUCUUUUGCAAACAAAUCUAUUUCUCUUGAUGCUUUACAUGCAAUGACACAAUAUGAAGAUUACCAAAAUCGUAAUCGUAUACGUUCAAAUAGUGAAAAUAAUCUGAAGAAGUUUAACUAUGAAAAUGAAACAGAUGAAUCAUCUUCAAUUACAUAUCAACCAAUGCAUGUUAAAGUUUCACAACCUUCUGGUGUAACAAUAACUCCAUUACAUAGAAGAAAAGAACUUGAUGAGAAUAGUUUUAUAUUUGAAACUUCAUUAAAAAAUCAUGUAAGACCAAAAUCACAAAUAUAUGAAAAAAUGAUUAAAAGGCCAAUUGAUAAUACUCUUGAUCAAACACCAGUAAGAAGAGUUGUUGAUGGAAGUUAUGAAAGAAAACGACCUGAAUCCCAUCCAUCAAAAUAUUCUAAACAUAGAAAUUCUAUUGAUUCCAGUAACUCUUAUAUCUAUGAACCAAUGGAUACACCACCUGAGGUAAUAUCUGUAAUUUAUGGUACUGAUGAGAGUUCAAGAAAAUAUUCACCAGUUGGAAUAGAUUUAAAUCCUAUACUUUAUAAAAGAAUUGAAAAAGAUGAUUAUCAUCAACCAUCUUAUCCUGAUUCAAUAAAAACAUUUAAUAGAAGAAAUUCAAUGAAAAAAACUGCCCAACAAUUAUAUCGUGUUCCGGUUAAAAUUUUAAAAAAUGAUUUAACUUACACAAAAAAUAGUGAAAAAAAUAAGUCACAUAUAAAUAAUGAGCCAUCAUUGACAGCUAUAUAUAAAGAUUCAAAUGAAUCUGAAAGAGUACCAAUAGAAGACAAUGGUGAAAAAUACUAUUAUGUACCACUUUCUAAACAAUCUGAAAUUGUUACUCAAAAUAUUAUUACAGAAUUGGAAGAAAGAAUUAAAGAAAACAAAAAAAUUGAAAAUUAUGAUUCUUCAAAACAAGAAGAUAAUGUUGUAAUGAGAACAAGAAAAAGUUCUCUUCAUUCUAUUCAAAUUGAAGAUGAAAAUGGAAAACAAGAAAUAAUGAAAGAAGAAAGUUCCUUAGAAAUAAGAUAUGACUAA